AUGGAUCCUUGGGGGGCCGAGGAACCGGAGCAGACGGUGCUUUUUGGGGGUGACGGGGAGGAGGAGGAUGCCUACGACCCCCCGGUGAUGCAGAAGCUGGAUACGGCCGCCUUCUUGGCUCACCCCGAGGAGGGUUCACCGGGAGAACGGAGCCCGGCGCGGGAGACCCUGCGUUGGACCGUGGUCCAGCAGAUCGACUCUCCCGGCGCGGCGGGAGGUCGGCGUGGCGGUAAAACCGGAUCGGGAGCUGGCGCCUUCUCCAACUUCAAGAGCAUCAUCGUGUUGCAGAAGAGUUACGAGUGUGGGGAAUGCGGCAAGAGCUUCAGCUGCAGCUCCCACUUCAGCAAACACCGGCGGACCCACACCGGCGAGAAACCCUUCCAAUGCGAGGAGUGCGGUAAGAGUUUUCGCCGUAACAAGGAGCUGGUGACCCACCAACGGUUGCACACCGGUCGCUUGCCCUUCCAAUGCGGUCACUGCGGGAAGAGCUUCAGUUGGAGCUCCCAUUUUGACCGGCACCAACGCGUCCAUACCGGUGAGAAGCCCUACCAGUGUCCCGAAUGCGGUAAGCGUUUUAGCCGUAGCUCCCACCUCUACCGGCACCAACGCACCCACGCCGGCGGUCGCUCUUACAUCUGCACCUAUUGCGGGCGUAGUUUUGGUAGCACCCUCCAUUUUGACCGGCACCAACGCACCCACACCGGCCAACGACCCUACAAGUGCACCCUGUGCCGGAAAAGUUUUGGCGAUGGGCCGGCGUUGGUCAAACACCAACGCCUUCAUCUGGGUGAUGGUCCUUUCCGUUGCGAAGAGUGCGGUAAAGCCUUUGGCGCCCGCGCCCAAUACGCCCGGCAUCGGCGUAGCCUCCACGGCGGCGGUGAGAAACCAUACCGUUGCGGUGAUUGCGGGAAGAGUUUUUCCUGGAGCUCCCAUUGGGAACGACACCAACGUAUCCAUACCGGCGAACGACCCUACCAAUGUGGGGACUGCGGCAAACGUUUCGGCCGGACCUCCCAUCUCUACCGGCAUCAACGUACCCACGCCGGCGGGCAACCCCACAUCUGUGCCGAUUGCGGGAAGAGCUUCAACAGCACCCUACACUUCCAUAAGCACCAACGGGCUCACGCCGGUCCCCGGCACGCCUGUCCUGAUUGCGGCAAGACGUUUGCCGACGGUUCGGCGUUGGCUAAGCACCGACGGGCGCACGCUGGCGAGAAGCCUUUCCCUUGCCCGCAGUGCGGCCGGCGCUUCAGCCGAGGGUCUAACCUUGCCCAGCACCGGCGUAUCCACACCGGUGAACGACCUCACCGUUGCGGUGAUUGCGGCAAAGGCUUCAUCCAACGCUCCGACCUGGAGCGGCACCGGCGGGUGCACACCGGUGAACGGCCGUAUCCUUGCGGCGACUGCGGCAAACGGUUCAGCGUCAGCUCCCACCUCGACCGGCAUCGCCGUACUCAUGGGUCACCGGCUCCUCACCGUUGCCCCGAAUGUGGUAAGAGCUUCGCCCAACGCUCUGCCUUGGCCAAACACCGUAAGACCCACAGCGGCGAACGGCCUCACCGCUGCGGCGAUUGCGGUAAGAGCUUCAGCCGAGGCUCCAACCUCACCCAACACCGGCGCAUCCAUACCGGCGAACGGCCGUUUGCUUGCAGUGAUUGCGGUAAAGGUUUCAUCCAACGCUCCGACCUGGAACGGCAUCAACGGGUACACACCGGUGAACGACCCUAUACCUGUGCCGAAUGCGGUAAGAGCUUCAGCGUCAGCUCCCACCUCGACCGGCACCAGAAGAUCCACGCAGCUGAACGGGCCUAUAAGUGCGGGGAAUGCGGGAAGGGUUUUGGGCAACGUUCGGCGCUGGUUAAACACCGGCGUAUCCAUACCGGAGAGAAACCCUACACCUGCGGGGAUUGCGGGAAGGGUUUCAUCCAGAAGUCGGACCUCACCAUCCACCGCCGGAUGCACACCGGGGAGAAACCUUACCGUUGCGGUGAGUGCGGUAAAUGCUUCAGCGUCUCCUCCAACCUCAUCACCCAUCAACGUACCCACCUCGGCGAGAAACCCUACCAAUGCCCCGAGUGCGGCAAGAGCUUCAUCCAACGCUCCGAGCUCACCAUCCACCAGCGCGUCCACACCGGCGAGAAGCCCUACAAGUGUCCCGAGUGCGGCAAGUGCUUCAGCCGCAGCCCCCCCCUCCAACGGUGA